AUGAAUCGUGGGAAAAUCACUUUUGGUAAAAUAAAACUGCAAUCCUUUACCCCAGCCGGUUCCAAAGAAAGUGCGGAAAGCCCUUCGACCUCUUCAGAUGGAGCUGCAUCAGGAUUCGGAUCGUUUGGGCGGGUGGAUUCCAGCAAAGAAGAUCCUGUCGAGCGCAUAUCGGAAGAGCUGGACAACAGCAAGCUACAGGAAGUGAUGGGUAUUUCCGGAUUUGGGCGCAAGCAAGCCAAACAGUUCGACAUCAACGAAAUGAUUCAAAACGCAAAACGGAACGCCCCAAAAGCGGUGGUCGAUGAAAAGAGCAUCGCCAAACCAGACGACGAUGAGGAUAGUAAAGACGAUGAUGACGAUGAAGAAGUAAUUGGUCCGGUGCCUACCACCGCCGGUGGGUCAAAAGAUGCCACUAAUGAAAAGCGUCGUCAAAAAGCCAACAAAGAGGACGAAGACGAUUCGGAUGAUGAUGAAGAUGAUGAAGAGGAUGAUGAAUUCGACGAGGACGCGGCAAUCAACAAGCUACCGCAUUCACACGAGGUAGAAAUGCACCACGGCAGCAAGGCGGUCAUUGCACUCGCCAGCGAUCCCUCCGGUGUGCGGCUAGCAUCCGGAUCGAUGGACUACAAUCUGAACUUUUGGGACUUUUCCGGCAUGGACAAAUCGAUGAAAAGUUUCCGUUCGCUACAGCCCUGCGAAAAUCAUCCGAUCCGCAACCUUUACUACUCCUUCUCGGGCGACAUGAUGCUGGUGGUGUCCGGAAGCUCACAGGCCAAAGUGCUCGAUCGGGACGGUUUCGAAAAGAUGGAAUGCGUCAAGGGCGAUCAGUAUAUAGCGGACAUGUCCAAAACCAAGGGGCACAUCGCUGGGCUAACGAGCGGAUGCUGGAGCCCGGUAAAGCGCGAGGAAUUCCUCACCAGCGGUAUGGAUUCCACGCUGCGAACGUGGGUUUUUGCAAAAACGAAGGAACAACGAGCCGUCAUCAAAACGCGGGCGCAAGGGGGUCUGAAGACGAUUCCAACUAGCUGCGCGUACAAUCGUGAGGGCACUCUGAUAGCCGCCGGAUGUAGCGAUGGCUCAAUACAAACGUGGGACACACGUAAAAUGUUCGUCCACACGACGCACUGCAUCCGUGACGCGCACACGAAAGGAUCGGACAUUUCCUCCGUGUUGUUUUCCUAUUCUGGGUUUCAGCUUGCCUCACGCUCGAUGGACGAAACCCUCAAACUGUGGGACAUGCGAGCGUUCAAGAAGCCAUUGCACGUGUUCGAUGGGCUGUUCAGCCGGUACGACACGACCGAUUGCUGCUACAGCCCGGACGAUACGAUGAUUUUGACCGGUGAAUCCCUGCCGAAGGGUGCCAAACAGGCCAACCUGUACGUGUACGACACGAAAACGUUCGAGUUGGUUACGAAGCUACCCAUCACCGAUUCACACGUCAUCCGGACGCUGUGGCACCCGAAGCUGAAUCAGAUAUUUGUCGGAUGCGGUAAUGGCAUCAUCCGUGGGUUGUAUGACGAAAAGCGCAGCAUGCGCGGUGCAAAACUGUGCGUCGUGCGAACGCACCGGAAGAAAAAAGAAUCGGAGAUCGUUGGCACAACGCAAAUCAUUACACCGCACGCGUUACCAAUGUUCCGGCAGGAGAAAACUCGAUCGGUACGCAAGAAGCUGGAAAAGGACCGCCUCGAUCCUGUCAAGUCCAAGCGACCCGAUUUACCGAUCACAAGCGGACAAGGUGGUCGCGUGGCAAGCUCUGGCGGUACGCUUUCGUCGUACGUCAUUCGGAACUUGGGUUUGAGCAAGCGCGUCGAGGACGAUCAGGAUCCCCGCGAGGCAAUCCUAAAGUACGCUAAGGAAGCGGCCGAAAAUCCAUACUGGAUUGCGCCGGCAUACGCCAAAACCCAACCGAAGGCGAUAUUUAACAGCGAAGACGAACCCGAAGCGAAAAAGUCAAAAACUAACUAA